UUCACCCUCCCAUCUUUCUUCUCACACAAAGAAGAGCUGUAGCUCCGAUCAGAGCCCUGUGGAUGAUUUCAAUGCAGGAAAAACAGGAGUUUCCCUUCCAUUGGAUUUAUAUUUUUGCUCCUCACACUCUUGGAUUAAUGGGAUGAUGAUUAUUUUCUAUACAUUUUAGAAGACGGAUUUAAGAUAUGGACAAUCAGAGCUUUGUAAAGGCUUGGAAAUGGCAAGUAGCUUUCUCCCUCUUCCUUUGUAGCUGGGGCUGGGUCUCUGGGCAGCUGCGUUAUUCUAUUGCUGAGGAGUCUCAUCCAGGGACUGUUGUGGGGAAUGUGGCUCAGGAUCUGGGGGUGAAUCUGGCUGAUAUUAGUAGAAGGAGGCUGAGUUUGGGAUCAGAUGGAAGCAGCAGAUUAUUCUCUAUAGAGCAGAAGAAUGGAGCUCUGGUUGUACAUGACAGGAUUGAUAGGGAGAGCCUGUGUGGAUCCAGCCUGAGCUGUUUGCUGCAUCUAGAGGUUGUGGCUGAGAAUCCUCUGGAGCUUCACAGUCUGGAAAUAGAGGUUCUGGAUAUUAAUGAUAAUUCACCAGUUUUUACUACCAGUGACCAAGUUAUUAAAAUUACAGAGCUUGUGUCAAGUCCAGGGGUUCAUUUUUCCCUACCAACUGCACAGGACUUAGAUGUAGGUAUAAAUGGUGUUAAUCAGUACAAAUUGACUCCAAAUCCUUUUUUUUCAUUAUCCAUAACAAAUCGAAAUGAUGGAACUCUCAUUGCUGAAUUAGUAUUGGAAAAGACUCUAGACAGGGAAGAGAUCGCAGAGCACAGACUUAUUCUCAGUGCUAUAGAUGGAGGACAAUCAGCUAGAUAUGGAUCCACUCAGAUAACAGUCCUUGUAUUAGAUAUUAAUGACAAUGCACCAGUGUUUGAUAAGUCAAAAUAUAAAAUCAGCAUUCCAGAAGACAGCCCAUUAAAUGAAACUAUUUUGAAAUUAAAUGCUACAGAUUUGGAUGAAGGUGCAAAUGGAGCCAUUUUAUAUUCCUUUGAUCAACUAACAUUGGAUUCAGCAAAAACAAUAUUUCAAAUAAAUCCUCAAACUGGUGACAUUUAUUUAAUAAAAGAGUUAGAUUAUGAAAUCUCAAAAUCUUAUGAAUUAUUUGUCAAGGCAGCAGACAAAGGAUCACCAAAACUAGAAGGGAGAUGUGUAGUUAAGGUGGAAGUAGAAGAUGUCAAUGAUAACACCCCAGAAAUCAGCUUUAACUCUAAAAGUAAUGAGGUUCCUGAGAAUGCUCCCAUAGGUACUGUUGUUGGCUUCAUCACAGUGAGAGACAGAGAUUCUGGCAAAAAUGGAGAUAUUAGAUUAAGUGUGCCACCAGGUUUACCGUUUACAUGCCAGCCCAUGUCACAGCGUUAUGCUCUGGUCACUAGUGGACAUCUGGACAGGGAGAAGCUCUCACAAUACACUAUAAAGCUCACAGCAUCUGAUCUGGGUUCUCCAUCACUGAGCAGCCAGAUUACAAUCAGCCUUAAUAUCUCUGAUGUUAAUGAUAAUCCUCCAGCAUUUCUAUACAAUGUCUACAAUGCCUUCAUAGCAGAAAACAAUGAGGCCGGCAGACUGUUAUGUACAGUAUCUGCCGUAGAUCUGGAUGAGGGAGCUAAUGCAAACCUCAUUUACUCCAUCGCUGAGAGCCAUAUCCAUGGCUCUCCUGUCUCUUCAUUUGUCUACAUUAACUCUGACACCGGGAAUAUUUAUGCACAAAGGUCUUUUGACUAUGAACAAUUCCAGGUUCUGCAGAUCACAGCAAGAGUGGAAGAUUCUGGAUCUCCAAAAUUAUCCUGCAAUGUUUCCGUCUUCAUAUUCAUUCUGGAUACAAAUGACAACUCUCCUACCAUCUUAUACCCAGAGAGUACAGGAGAGACCAUUGCUGAAGAGACAAUUCCAAGAUCUGCUGCUGCUGGCUAUUUAGUCACUAAGGUGUCUGCAGUGGAUAUAGAUUCUGGGCACAAUGCCUGGCUCCUCUAUAGUCUUAUUCAGUCUGUAAGCCCUGCUUUAUUCCACAUCUCUGAAUACUCAGGAGAAGUCAGGACUCUCCGAGGUUUACAUGAGACAGAUAAUACAGAGCAUCGACUUGUGAUUUCAGUCAGUGAUCAUGGGGAACCUUCUAUGACCACUACAACUACUAUCAUUGUGAAUAUAUUGGACACUGUUUCUGAGGAAAGUCCAAAAUCUCAAGACUUUCUUACAAAUGUCAAAUCUACUCCAGACCUUACUUUGUAUCUUAUUGUCUCCCUUGUGGCCAUCAGUGCAGUUUUUCUGGUCACAUUUACUAUCUUACUUGUCAGGUGCCUUAGAAAGAAUUAUUAUUCUGGGUGUGGAUUCUGCUUUACUGACAAAUCACUUUCUACUACAUAUAUGGAUCAGUACAAACCAACCCUUUACCUGAACACAGAUGGAACCUUAAAGUACAUGGAGGUGCGGAUGGCUCCACCAGAAGCUCCAGGGUCUUGUUAUCCGGCUUGUUUUCCCCCAGCUACAGAUAUCCCAAAUUUUACUUUGACUAAAUUACUGAAUGGUCCACAUAUAACUAAUGUAGUUGAGCAUACAAAUCCUUCUUCUGACUCAAGUUUGUUAAAUGAAAGUAAUCAGCAGGCGCAACCUGGUGCAGAGUGGCGCUUCUCACAGGCUCAGAGACCCGGACCUAGUGGAGCACAACCCGCAGAGGAGGCUGGAGUGUGGCCAAACAACCAGUUUGAAACUGAGAGACUUCAGGCAAUGAUUCUGGCAUCUGCUAAUGAGGCUGCUGAGGGAACUUCUGGACUUGGAGGAGGAACAGGAACAAUGGGCCUCAGUGCCCGUUACGGACCUCAGUUCACCCUGCAGCAUGUUCCUGACUACCGACAAAACGUCUACAUACCAGGAAGUACUUUGACACCAACCAACGCUGGAGGAAAACGUGAUGGAAAAGGAGGAGGCAACAAGAAGAAAUCUGGCAAGAAGGAAAAGAAAUAAUAUUCUUUAUUAAAGAGUUUGCUUACAUCAACAGGGCAAAAUAAUUGGAGCAGUUCCUGAUUUGAAAAAAAAAAAAAAUGUUAGGGCAAAGUUAAAUUUCAUCUAUGGACACAUAAAAAAAUCAAUAGUUAGAAUGUGUCAUUAUUAGAGCUGGAUGCAGAACAUCCCCUCCACUGGUGGCUUUUUCUGCUUCCAGCUCUGAUGAUAAAAACAUUAUUCCAAACUUCGGAAACAAGUGCCCUGUCAAUAUCAGCUAAGAUUUUGUAUUAGUGCAAGAUAAUUUCAUGAUGAUAUGCACUCUUUUUACAAGCUUUUAAAUUUGAUUUGCUUCCACAUAGACACCUUGUGGAACUUCUUCCAUUGUAUAUAAUUCCAGUAAAGUGAUUAUUUUAAUUUAUAAAACAUUCAGGUAUUCAAGGGCGAUUCUUGGCUUUAUACCCAUUUCUAUUUUGUUUAACUAUUGGCAGAAAUCAAAGAGAUUUGUUUGGCAUCAAAAUGUGGGUAUGUGGAAAUAAGUGACCUGAAUUCAACAAAAUAUUAAUUGAGCCUAAAAACUGGAUAGUAAGAUUAUAAACACAGUAGAAGCAGCCAUUUUAUUGACUCUACACACUAUUCAUUGGAAUAUGGGCAGGGAGUUAAAAGGAGUAAGAAUGUACUAAAGCAUGGGGCAAAGAUGACUGAAAACUACUGAUGUUAAGUAAUGGGUCAAAUUCUUAUGGAUAUUGUUUCGGGUCAUAAAAUGGCAGUGAGACGUAAAAAAAUUGUGUAACUUUUUUUCCUGAAGUAUGUAAAAAAUGCUAUAUAUAUGUAGUGAUCGUACAACAACUACUUAUAAAGAGUGUCAAUGGUCUUGUGCAGUACUUCUUUUAAUACUGUACUUAUUGAUGUUUUUGUUUAUUUUCUAUGAGAAGACUAUGUUGGAGAUUUUUGUUUCCCCCAGUUAUGGAUUUAGAAUAUUCACAUAAUUUAAUGUACUUGAAACACUAAUGGAAAGUUCCAUUUUGUUUUGCUCCUCCAGAGUGACAAGAUGGACUCUUUACACUUGUGCACAAAGAAAUGCAUGUCUAAUUUUUGCAAAUUGUCUGCAACUCCACCAGACAUAGGGAAAUUGUUGCAUGUAACUAGCAUGGGGUAAUUCAUUCUUUAUAUAGAAUGGGAAAAGAAAACCUGUCUAGUGCAGGUCAAAAUGGCUAGGGUAGAUUCAGCAGGGGGAGGAGAUUAUGAUAAAUAUUUGCCAGGAAUAGUCAAAUUCUAACCCGUACAUAAAUUACAUUUUUCUUCAUUUUAUUCACAAUGAUAUACUGUAAAAUUAAUCAAGGCUGGAGUCAAUCAUGAUAAAAAUGUUAGGCAUCAUUAAAGUAUCAUAUUAUCCUGAUAAAAUACAAGGUGAGAUAUGUUUAGAAACCAGUCAAGUUUGACAACAAUUUUAUUUCAGUUUGUACAGUUAAAAAAAUAUUAAUUAUUGGAGGAGAAACCUUAUUUUUCCAAUAAAACUGUUAUGUAGUAUUUUCAUACGUUAGGAAUAGUAGAUAUUAGGCCAUUCUUUAUAACCACCCCCUUGGCCUAAAUGUAAUCCUGCCCAAAAUUUUGAUGUUGGAUCAAACCAGUCCAAAAUGUUCGACAGUCACAACCCCAUCAAAAAUGCACUAUUCAAGUGCAAUUCAGAAGUUGAAUGUAGAUUGGACUAUUUAUUAUGGCUUACAGUAUCAUUCUAUAUGGUGGCCCAUAUAUUUGAUAUGUACUUAGCACCAUCAGACAUCAUGGGCAAUCAGUUGUAGUUGCAAGUUUAGCAAGUCAUAAACCACUCAUGAUGUUCUACUUUUUGGACCACUGAUGAUGAUGACAUUUCUCCUCUGAUUUAUUAAUACAUCAUUCAGAAGCAAUCAAGUUUUUUUUUAGCCAGGAUCUUCAUCACUAAGUCUAUAUACGUCAACAGUUACCUAUGUAAAUCCAUAUAAAGCUAGAUUUUUUGGGAACAAAUAGAAUUACUCAUGACCCUCCCCCUGAUCACUUGUAAUAGUAACCAUUCCCGCUGCUCGUAAUACUAUUAACUAAUGCAGUCACGUGAGUCUUUUAGCAGUAGAUACAUUUUUGCUAUUUUUUCUUUCUCUUGAAGAAACAGAAGGUUAUUUCAUUGUAGAGAUGCUAUUGUCUUGUAACAAUUAAGUGCUUAUCUCAUCCCAGUAGCUAACUUGUGGACAGCAGUAUUUUAAUAUUCUCCUAUCUUUCUGUGUGGUUUGUGAUAUCAAUGUACAUGAGUUGAAAUGCAUCUGUCCUUUUCAAUGUGUCUAAUACUGAAUAAUACUUACAUAUUAUAUAAAAAUAUAUAUGCUUCUUUCCCUCCCUGUAUCCAUAUAGACCCAUUUCACUGUAUCACAUGCAAGUUUUAUACUCUGUUUUUAUAUUGCUUUCUUUCUUUGGGAAAAAAAUAAAAAAAAUAAAAUGUUUUCUUCAAAUUG